CGCGGCGAGGACGUGGGUUCCGCGAGUGCGCAGUGAGUGCGGCGGCGACGACCCUCGGCCUCUGCGGGAGGGGGCGACGUAGCGAUGGGGGCGGCGGCGGCGGAAGCGGAUCGCACGCUCUUUGUGGGCAACCUUGAGACGAAGGUGACCGAGGAGCUCCUGUUCGAGCUUUUCCACCAGGCCGGGCCAGUAAUAAAAGUGAAAAUCCCAAAAGAUAAGGAUGGUAAACCAAAGCAGUUCGCAUUUGUGAAUUUCAAACAUGAAGUGUCUGUUCCUUAUGCGAUGAACCUACUUAACGGAAUCAAACUUUUUGGGAGGCCCAUCAAAAUUCAGUUUAGAUCAGGAAGUAGCCACGCCUCACAGGACGCCAGUUUGUCAUAUCCCCAACAUCACAUCGGAAACUCAAGCCCGACCUCCACAUCUCCUAGCAGGUAUGACAGGACUGUGGAUAACAUGAAUCCGUCAGCACAGAUAAUUCAGAGGUCUUUCUCGACUCCAGAAAAUUUUCAGAGACAAGCAGUGAUGAACAGCAUCUUGAGACAGAUGUCAUAUGGCGGGAAGUUUGGCUCUCCGCAUCUGGACCCGUCAGGAUUUUCCCCAGCGGCGCAGUCACAUAAUCCUACUUUUAGCCAGUCAGGCCCCCAGUGGCGCCAGGAGACGCCAUCGUCACAACGUAAGGUCAGACAGAAUUCUCAUCCCUACGCCCUGGACAGACACUAUGGCCGCGAGCAGCGCUACGCUGACCAUGGGUCCGACCAUCACUACCGGGGAAGCAGAGAGGACUACUUCCAUGAAGAACGGAAUCCUGACGGCUGGAGCCACGACUACGAGAGCAGAAGAGACAGCAGUAGAGACGGAAAAUGGCGUUCGUCCCGACACUAACAAGCGCUGAGAGGACAGUGUUUUUACAGGGUCAUUCUAGGCCCUUUUAGCUAAACUGAUCCAGAAGAGUUUUUGUUAACUGUACAGAGCAGCUUUACAAGUUGCCAUAUUUCUUUAUAAAAGUUCUUAAACCUCUAGCAGCCGUCUAAUACAGAAGUGAGAAUUGUGGUUCUGGUUUUACUACAUUAAUAACCUUUCACCUCAGGGUUUUAUGAAGAGAAAAGGGUUUUAUGCAAAAGAAAGUGCCACAAUUUCUAAUCAUUUUAGACAAUUAAGGAAGGAGGGUAUUAGAUGGGUUGGUUGUAUUAUAAAGCAGAUAUGUUAAUUAUCUGUUAUCUUUUUGUAUUGCAAGAAGUUUGUCGUCAGUGAAUCAGAUUUUGGUGUAUAUAAUAGAAAACAUUCAAGUUCGGAUAGUCUGAAACGACUAUCAGUAUUUUGUUAAUAAAAAAAUCAUUUCAGUGACUCAUUUUACUAACGUUUUACUUCAGAAGCUUAUUGGUAAUGGCUGGGGAUAAGUCAUAUUUGACUUCUUAGAGAAUUUUUAGUGUAAGUUCUAUGACAUGCUCGUUUGAGUUUUACUCUGAACAUAAAAUUGUAAAUCUACACAUGCUCUCUAACAUUUUAAAAUUUGCUCAUUAAAUCAUGUUUGAUGUAUAACUGAAGUUACUCAGGAAGUUAAAUAUCUCUAAAUGUAUUUUUUUACAUUAAAAAAUACAGUGUUAAUAUAAAUCCCCCUUUUCAAGAAGAACAAAAAUGUAAAAGCAUAGAUAAAAUGGUAAAAUGUUUUACUGAAAGUAUACUUUUUUGCAAAAAAGGUUCAUGAACCCUUUAAGUGCUGCCUGGGUGACCCAGACGUCAAGUCCUACGUUUUCAAGGUGCCAGGACAGGUGCACAAGGAUCGCGUUAGCGUGGAGAUUGCGCAGCUUGCUUUUGUUGUUUGAACGUUUAAAAGAAUUUAGUCUUAAACUUUUUCUGAUUUAAAAAAUUUUAAAUCUUGUUUAACAAAACUUGUGUAUCAAGUUACUGUUUCCCAUUCAUUGUAGAACUUGUUUAUAAAAAAUCAUUCCUUGAAAAUUUUUGAUCCUUUUUAAUAUUAAACACAGCAUUUACAUAA